AGGAACACUUCGCCUAGGCUUUAGCAGCGCCUGCAGGAUGGCGACCGUGGUGGUGGAAGCCACGGAGCCGGAGCCAUCAGGCAGCAUCGCCAACCCUGCGGCGUCCACCUCGCCCAGCUUGUCGCACCGCUUCCUAGACAGCAAGUUCUACUUGCUGGUGGUGGUCGGCGAGACGGUGACCGAAGAGCACCUGAGGCGUGCCAUCGGCAACAUCGAGCUGGGGAUCCGAUCAUGGGACACAAACCUGAUUGAAUGCAACUUGGACCAAGAACUCAAACUUUUUGUAUCUCGACACUCUGCAAGAUUCUCUCCUGAAGUUCCAGGACAAAAGAUCCUUCAUCACCGAAGUGACAUUUUGGAAACAGUAGUCCUGAUCAACCCUUCGGAUGAAGCGGUCAGCACCGAGGUGCGUUUGAUGAUCACUGACGCGGCCCGCCACAAACUGCUGGUGCUCACAGGACAGUGCUUUGAGAACACUGGAGAGCUCAUUCUCCAGUCAGGCUCUUUCUCCUUCCAGAACUUCAUAGAGAUUUUCACCGAUCAAGAGAUUGGGGAGCUCCUGAGCACCACCCAUCCCGCCAACAAAGCCAGCCUCACUCUCUUCUGCCCCGAGGAGGGAGACUGGAAGAACUCUAACCUUGACAGACACAAUCUCCAAGACUUCAUCAACAUUAAGCUCAACUCAGCUUCUAUCUUGCCAGAAAUGGAGGGACUUUCUGAGUUUACGGAGUAUCUCUCGGAGUCUGUGGAAGUCCCUUCUCCCUUUGACAUCCUAGAACCGCCGACCUCGGGUGGCUUUCUCAAGCUCUCCAAGCCCUGCUGUUACAUUUUCCCAGGGGGCCGGGGUGAUUCUGCCCUGUUUGCAGUGAACGGAUUCAAUAUGCUUAUUAACGGAGGAUCGGAAAGAAAAUCUUGCUUCUGGAAGCUCAUUCGGCACUUGGAUCGGGUGGACUCCAUCCUGCUUACCCACAUUGGGGACGACAAUCUGCCAGGUAUCAAUAGCAUGCUGCAGCGGAAGAUGGCAGAGCUGGAAGAGGAACGGUCCCAGGGUUCCACCAGCAACAGUGACUGGAUGAAAAACCUCAUCUCCCCUGACCUGGGGGUGGUGUUUCUCAAUGUCCCUGAAAGCCUGAAAAAUCCAGAGCCCAACAUCAAGAUGAAGAGGAGCAUCGAAGAAGCAUGCUUCACCCUCCAGUACCUGAACAAACUGUCGAUGAAACCAGAGCCUCUAUUUAGAAGUGUAGGCAAUACCAUUGAGCCUGUCAUCCUGUUCCAAAAAAUGGGAGUGGGCAAGCUUGAGAUGUACGUGCUUAACCCGGUCAAGAGCAGCAAAGAAAUGCAAUAUUUCAUGCAGCAGUGGACUGGUACCAACAAAGACAAGGCUGAACUAACCCUGCCCAAUGGUCAAGAAGUAGAUAUCCCAAUUUCCUACUUAACUUCAGUCUCAUCAUUGAUUGUGUGGCAUCCAGCCAACCCCGCAGAGAAAAUCAUCCGAGUUCUGUUUCCCGGAAACAGCACCCAAUACAACAUCCUGGAAGGACUGGAAAAACUCAAGCAUCUAGACUUCCUAAAGCAGCCGCUGGCCACCCAAAAAGAUCUCACUGGCCAGGUGCCCACCCCCACAGUGAAACAAGUCAAAUUGAAACAGAGGGCUGACAGCCGGGAAAGCCUGAAGCCAGCUACAAAACCACUCCCCAGUAAAACGGUGAGGAAAGAAUCCAAAGAAGAAGCCCCUGAAGUCACAAAGCCUAGCCAGGUGGAAAAGACACCCAAAGCUGAAAGCAAAGAGAAAGUAACAGUGAAAAAAGACAAGCCAGUAAAGACAGAAGCCAAACCUUCAGUGACGGAAAAGGAGGUGUCCAGCAAAGAGGAGCAGUCCCCUGUGAAAGCCGAGGUGGCCGAGAAGCAAGCCACCGAGAGCAAACCCAAAGUCACCAAAGAGAAAGUGGUGAAGAAAGAAAUAAAGGCAAAACCCGAAGAAAAGAAAGAGGAGAAGCCCAAGAAAGAAGUGGCUAAAAAGGAAGACAAAACACCACUCAAGAAGGACGAGAAGCCAAAAAAGGAAGAAGCGAAAAAGGAGGUCAAAAAAGAAAUCAAGAAAGAGGAGAGGAAAGAGCUGAAGAAAGAGGUGAAGAGGGAGACACCCCUGAAGGAGGCCAAGAAGGAAGUGAAGAAGGAGGAAAAGAAAGAAGUUAAAAAGGAAGAGAAGGAACCCAAAAAGGAAAUUAAGAAGAUCUCCAAAGACAUAAAGAAAUCCACUCCUCUGUCAGAAACAAAAAAACCAGCUGCACUAAAACCAAAAGUAGCAAAGAAAGAAGAGCCCUCCAAGAAGGAGUCCGCUGCUGCUGGCAAGCUCAAGGACAAGGGCAAAGUUAAAGUCAUUAAGAAGGACGGCAAGACAGCAGAGGCGGCCGCCACAGCUGUUGGCGUUGCGGCCACCACAGCUGCUGCGGUGGCAGCUGACAUAGCGGCCACUGGUCCUGCCAAAGAACUUGAAGCUGAGAGGUCCCUUAUGUCAUCCCCUGAGGACCUAACCAAGGACUUUGAGGAGCUAAAGGCUGAGGAGAUUGACGUGGCAAAGGACAUCAAGCCUCAGCUGGAACUCAUCGACGAUGAAGAGAAACUGAAGGAAACUGAGCCCGUGGAAGCCUACGUCAUCCAGAAAGAGACAGACGGCAUCAAAGGUUCUGCUGAGUCACCUGACGAGGGGAUCACUACCACUGAAGGGGAAGGGGAAUGUGAACAGACCCCUGAGGAGCUGGAGCCAGCCGAGAAGCAGGGAGUGGACGACAUUGAGAAAUUUGAAGACGAGGGAGCUGGUUUUGAAGAAUCCUCAGAGACUGGAGACUACGAAGAGAAGGCAGAAACUGAAGAGGCUGAGGAGCCCGAAGAGGAUGGGGAAGACAAUGUGAGUGGGAGCGCCUCUAAGCACAGCCCCACAGAAGAUGAUGAAAGGGCAAAGGCUGAGGCGGAUGUGCACAUCAAGGAGAAGAGGGAGUCAGUGGCCAGCGGUGAUGACCGGGCAGAAGAAGACAUGGAUGAGGCACUUGAGAAAGAGGAAGCCGAACCAUCUGAGGAGGAGGGUGAAGAGGAAGACAAAGCAGAGGAUGCCAGAGAGGAGGAUUAUGAGCCUGGAAAACUUGAGGCUGAAGAUUAUGUGAUGGCUGUGGUUGACAAGGCUGCGGAGGCCGGUGUUGCCGAGGAGCAGUAUGGGUUCCUUAGCACACCAACCAAGCAACCCGGAGCCCAGUCUCCUGGCCGAGAACCUGCAUCUUCAAUUCACGAUGAGACUCUACCUGGAGGCUCCGAGAGUGAGGCCACCGCGUCUGAUGAGGAGAAUCGAGAAGACCAGCCCGAGGAAUUCACUGCUACCUCUGGAUAUACUCAGUCUACCAUUGAGAUCUCUAGUGAGCCUACUCCCAUGGAUGACAUGUCUACUCCUCGUGAUGUGAUGAGUGAUGAGACCAACAAUGAGGAAACGGAGUCCCCAUCUCAGGAGUUCGUAAACAUUACCAAAUAUGAGUCUUCACUGUAUUCUCAGGAAUACUCCAAACCCGUUGUUGCAUCAUUCAAUGGCUUGUCGGAAGGGUCAAAAACAGAUGCCACGGAUGGCAAGGACUACAAUGCUUCUGCUUCCACCAUAUCCCCACCUUCCUCCAUGGAAGAAGACAAAUUCAGUAAGUCUGCUCUGCGUGAUGCUUACUGCUCAGAAGAGAAAGAAGUGAGAGCCAGUGCUGUAUUGGACAUCAAAGAUGUUCCAGAUGAGAGACUUAGCCCAACCAAGAGUCCAUCCCUGAGUCCUUCCCCACCAUCACCCAUAGAGAAGACUCCCCUGGGUGAACGUAGCGUGAAUUUCUCUCUGACACCCAAUGAGAUUAAAGUCUCUGCAGAGGCAGAAGUGACAUCAGUGUCUCCUGGAGUGACCCAAGCAAUAGUUGAAGAACAUUGUGCCAGUCCUGAGGAGAAGACCCUGGAAGUAGCGUCACCAUCUCAGUCUGUGACUGGCAGUGCUGGCCACACACCUUACUACCAAUCUCCCACUGAUGAGAAGGCCAGUCACCUACCUACAGAAGCUACUGAACAACCACAGGCAGUUCCAGUGAGUUUUGAACUCAGCGAGGACGCCAAAGAUGAGAACGAGAGAGCUUCCAUUAGCCCCAUGGAUGAGCCUGUGCCUGACUCAGAGUCUCCCAUUGAGAAAGUUCUGUCUCCUCUACGCAGCCCUCCUCUUAUCGGAUCUGAGUCUGCCUAUGAAGACUUUCUCAGUGCUGACGGCAAGACUCUUGGCAGAGGUACCGAGAGCCCCUUUGAAGGAAAGAAUGGAAAGCAAGGCUUCCCAGGCAAAGAAAGCCCAGUAUCUGAGGUGACUUCCACUGGCCUUUACCAAGAUGAACAGGAAGGGGAAGGCACAGGCUUCAUACCAAUAAAGGAAGACUUUGUUCCGGAAAAGAAAAUCAAUGAUGUUGAAAUCAUGAGCUCUCAGUCAGCUCUGGCUUUGGAUGAAAGAAAAUUGGGAGGAGAUGUAUCGCCAACACAAAUAGAUGUCAGUCAGUUUGGCUCCUUCAAAGAAGACACCAAGAUGUCCAUUUCAGAAGGCACUGUCUCAGACAAAUCAGCCACUCCUGUGGAUGAGGGUGUGGCAGAAGACACUUAUUCUCACAUGGAGGGCGUGGCCUCAGUCUCCACUGCCUCUGUGGCCACAAGCUCGUUUCCAGAACCAACCACAGAUGAUGUGUCUCCUUCUCUGCAUGCUGAAGUGGGCUCCCCGCACUCCACAGAGGUAGACGACUCCCUUUCAGUAUCUGUUGUGCAGACACCUACAACUUUCCAGGAAACAGAAAUGUCUCCAUCUAAAGAAGAGUGCCCAAGACCAAUGUCCAUCUCUCCUCCAGACUUCUCCCCUAAGACGGCCAAGUCCAGGACACCAGUUCAAGACCACCGAUCUGAACAGUCUUCGAUGUCUAUUGAAUUUGGCCAGGAAUCCCCUGAGCACUCCCUUGCUAUGGACUUUAGUCGACAGUCUCCUGAUCACCCUACGAUGGGUGCAAGUAUGCUUCACAUCACCGAAAAUGGGCCAACUGAAGUGGACUAUAGUCCUUCUGAUAUCCAGGAUUCCAGUUUGUCACAUAAGAUUCCACCAAUGGAGGAACCAUCCUACACCCAAGAUAAUGAUCUGUCUGAGCUCAUCUCUGUGUCUCAGGUGGAGGCUUCCCCAUCCACCUCUUCUGCUCACACCCCUUCUCAGAUAGCCUCUCCUCUCCAGGAAGACACUCUAUCUGAUGUUGUUCCUCCCAGAGAUAUGUCCUUAUAUGCCUCACUCACCUCCGAGAAAGUGCAAAGUCUGGAUGGAGAGAAGCUCUCUCCAAAGUCCGAUAUUUCUCCACUCACCCCACGAGAGUCCUCGCCUUUAUAUUCGCCUGGCUUUUCAGAUUCUACCUCUGCAACCACAGAGAAUGCAGCAGGUCGACAGACCUCUCCCCCACCGAUGGAUGCCGCAUCUGCAGAGCCCCAUGGCUUCCGUGCCUCCAUGUUGUUUGAUACCAUGCAGCAUCAUCUGGCCUUGAACAGAGACUUGACCACAUCUAGUGUGGAGAAGGAGAGUGGAGGAAAGACACCCGGCGACUUUAACUAUGCCUAUCAAAAGCCUGAGAAGACCACUGGGUCCCCAGAUGAAGAAGAUUAUGACUAUGAAUCAUAUGGGAAAACCUCCCGGACCCCUGACAUGGGUGGCUACUACUAUGAGAAGACGGAGAGAACCAUAAAAUCCCCCUGUGACAGUGGAUACUCCUAUGAGACCAUUGAGAAGACCACCAAGUCCCAAGAAGAUGGCUACGCCUGUGACAUUACUGAGGAAACCACAAGGACCCCCGAAGAAGGAGGGUAUUCGUAUGAGAUCAGCAAGAAGACAACGCGCACCCCCGCAGUGAGUGGCCACACCUAUGAAAAGACUGAGGUAUCCAGAAGGCUCCUGGAUGACAUUAGCAAUGGCUAUGAUGACUCUGAGGAUGGUGGCCACACACUUGCAGACUGUAGCUACUCCUAUGAAACCACGGAGAAAAUUAGCAGCUUCCCUGAGUCCGAGAGCUAUUCCUACGAGACAUCUACAAAAACAACACGGAGUCCAGAUGCCGCCACAUACUGUUAUGAGACCAUGGAGAAGAUCACCAAGACCCCGCAGGCAUCCACAUACUCCUAUGAGACCUCAGAACGAUGCUACACUACGGAAAAGAAGUCCCCCUCAGAGGCGCGCCAGGAUGUUGAUUUAUGUCUUGUGUCCUCCUGUGAAUACAAACAUCCCAAGACGGAGCUCUCGCCUUCCUUCAUUAAUCCAAAUCCUCUCGAGUGGUUUGCCAGCGAAGAGUCCACUGAAGAUUCUGAGAAGCCCCUCACCCAGUCCGGGGGAGCCCCGCCCCCUUCAGGAGGAAAGCAACAGGGACGGCAAUGCGACGAGACUCCUCCCACCUCAGUCAGUGAGUCAGCCCCAUCCCAGACUGACUCUGAUGUCCCCCCGGAGACGGAAGAGUGCCCAUCCAUUACAGCUGAUGCCAACAUCGACUCUGAAGAUGAGUCAGAGACCAUCCCCACUGACAAAACUGUCACAUACAAGCACAUGGAUCCACCUCCCGCCCCCAUGCAAGACCGAAGUCCUUCUCCUCGCCACCCUGAUGUGUCCAUGGUGGACCCGGAGGCCUUGGCCAUUGAGCAGAAUCUAGGCAAAGCUCUGAAGAAGGACCUGAAAGAGAAGACCAAGACCAAGAAACCAGGCACGAAGACCAAGUCCUCUUCUCCUGUGAAGAAGGCCGAUGGGAAGUCUAAGCCCUUGGCAGCGUCUCCUAAACCAGGAGCCUUGAAGGAAUCCUCUGACAAGGUGUCCAGAGUGGCUUCUCCCAAGAAGAAAGAAUCUGUGGAAAAGGCUACUAAGAUCACCACCACUCCCGAGGUCAAAGCCACACGAGGGGAAGAGAAAGACAAGGAGACUAAGAAUGCUGCAAAUGCUUCUGCGUCCAAGUCAGCGAAAUCCGCAACAGCAGGACCAGGAGCCACUAAGACGGCCAAGUCAUCCCCCGUGCCUCCAGGCCUUCCUGUGUAUUUGGAUCUGUGCUACAUUCCCAACCACAGCAAUAGUAAGAAUGUUGAUGUGGAAUUUUUCAAGAGAGUGAGGUCAUCUUACUACGUGGUGAGUGGGAAUGACCCUGCUGCUGAGGAGCCCAGCCGGGCUGUCCUGGAUGCCUUGUUGGAAGGGAAGGCUCAGUGGGGAAGCAACAUGCAGGUGACUCUGAUCCCAACACACGACUCAGAGGUGAUGAGGGAAUGGUACCAGGAGACCCAUGAGAAGCAGCAAGACCUCAACAUCAUGGUUUUAGCAAGCAGCAGUACGGUGGUCAUGCAAGAUGAGUCAUUCCCUGCAUGCAAGAUAGAACUGUAGAAACCGCGGCCAGCCACACCACAGGAUUUGAACUUUGUUUCCAGAAAUUCUUGAAUUUGAAACUACCUUUUCUAAAAUGUCCAUUCAUCUAAUUAAGUCACUGAACAAUUACCUGCCAAAUGCUAUACUGUGUCAUGGUGAUGCAAGUCACUAAUAUUUCUCAAUUUUUGCUGAUCGCUAAGGGAAGUAACCACGUUCCCACACUAGAAUUCAAGUUACUGCAAAAUUACCUACCCCUGUUCAUCUCUGCUGAACAUUUGGAAGCCAUGCACUCGCGCACCCAACUGACUUCUGCUAGGUAUUGGCAUUUGUCUUA